GUGGGUGGUGGGGGUGUAAAUGUCACAAUCAAUAUUUGCCAAACAAUCAUCAUUUUGAUUGUUGGUAAUUCAGUAUUAGGACAACCCCACUAUUAAGACCAAUUUUAAUAAUGUGUGUGUGUGUGUGUAUAUAUAUUUAUCCAGGUUGUGGUGCACUGGUUGGAAUGAGAAAAAAACCCAUAUGAAUGUACAUGUAAAUCUUUUUUCUUUCUUUUUUCAGUACAGAAAUAAAUCCUUUGUUGUCAUGCAGACCUCGGUCAAUCGAUCGUACUCCCAUAUGGAGUCUCCUGGAUUAAAGAUUCACUUUUACGGCAACACGGAACCCAUAAUCAUUCCUGAGACCACUUUCCCCAUCGUCGUGGAAGAUGUGUGCGUGCUGGCGGCCAAACAUCUUAGCCAGAAACUUAGUUCCACCUGUUCAUGGUCAAGGUCAUGCGUAUCCGAUAACCUGGAAGGCGAAUCUCUGUUACCGUCUUUCUUUCUGUCGACGUUUGGCCUGGUGAAUAAGGAACACCGACUGUGGCUAAGUCCCAGAGAAAGGCUGACUGUGAACUGCCGCAAUUACCAUGAAGAAUACCACUUCCGCGUCCGGUUCCGGAUCUGCGACUCGAACCUGGACGCUAUGGCGAGGGCAGACGGUCGGAUGAUGGACUACUUCUACUGUCAGUGCAGGGACGACUUCCUCAACGACAGACUGUCGGGACUUUACAACAGGAAGCUGGAGCUGGAGAAGCAGCUAGGUCUUGUGGUGCUUGAGCUGAUGAUACUGGAGAAGAAGAAAGAAAACCAGAAAAACGGUCAGAUCGACAGGAAAGCGAUGACCAGUGAUUGCGUUUGUCGCAGUUCCAUAAUGAGCAACAUCACGCUAGUGAAUCUCUGGCAGCAUCUGUCAAAGGGUAUGCGGAGAAAAUUCCGUGCUCCCUGGCACUACAUAAGAAUCUACCUCAGCCUGAGGUCGGAGGUGCAGCAGUUCUUCCAGGACAAGACCACAAUCGAUGUGAAGAAGCUGAAGAAGCUUUACGUGAAAGGUGUUCUCGAGUAUGUGCCUAACUAUGCUACGGAGACCUACAAGGCCAAGUUCGUCAAGGAGGAUGGCGUUACUGGCAAACUGGAGGAAUUGCUUGUAGAUGCGUAUGAGUCUCUUCCUCGCGGAAUAUCUUCAGUCGUUCAUACCAUUGUGCAGUUUGACAGGUUGCAGAAUAUCUCCCUGACAACUUCCGGGUUGGAUAAAUCUGGUGGGCAGGUCCACAUUGACCAGUCUGGUGGCCAGCCCAAGAUGUUGCUGUUUGAAACGAAAGAGGAAGCGGAGUCGUUUGUGUCUGGAGUGGAUGGCUUCUUCCGACACCAGCAAGACUUCUACAAUGGCCUGUGUAAAAUUGUAGAACCACCAAGCUUGGAGUUGCUGCGUAGUCUCAGAAGUUUUGGGCCAAUGACAGACGAACAAGCCUCGGAGAAGUUACAGACGGAGCUAACGGCCAACGAGAACGAACAUGGUUCAUCGAAGUCGUCUCUGUUCCUCAUUCACCAGACCGCGACCGACUUGCGUGCCUUCGUCGUUCUGUCAGGGUGCAAGGGGAAGACCCCUGACCAGUUUGAGAAGAGGUACAUUCUGCACAAGACAGGGAGGUUCUGCCUGAAGUCGGCGGAUGGUGCCAGUGAUGAGACGUACGAGAACGAGACACGUCUACUCAAAGAGCUGCGUGUGGACAGCAAACAGAUUCGACCACAGUCCGGCACAGAUAGCGGUAUCUGUGUGAUGUUCACUGAUGACGUCAUUUCGCACUACUACCCUGUUGACAGCAGACAGAUAGACAAACAGUCUAGAGAGCCGAUGUGUUUCACUGAUCAGCAUAUCUGUCCAGCAGAUGUCCAACAUUUGGGUUUUGGUAGAUACACGGAAGUGAGCAGGGCAUGUCUGGAUGAUAAGAAGAGUUGCAAUGAACAAGACGUCAUCAUAAAACAGCUGAAGAAAGACUCAUCUAUAUACAUGGAGGCGUUUCAAGAAAGCAUGUCCAAGCUGUUGGAAAUGAGGCACAGUCUUUUCAUCCAUUUCCUUGGCAACAUGAUCGCGCCUCCGUACAGGGUGGUCCUGGAGCUGGCACCAGGUGGGAACCUGGAGCGACUUCUGAAGCAGACGGAACACCCUCUUUCUUUGAUGCAGAUAAUGUUGGUAGCGGACCAGGUCUCUCAAGGCAUCCACUGGCUGAGAGACAAGUCUUUGACUCAUGGUAAUCUCAGGAGUCGAAACAUUCUCGUGUUCAAGGUCAUCAGGUCAGACAUCUCGAUAAAAAUAGGUGACCCGGGAUUGGUGUCUCAUUUCAACAACAUGCCACUGACACACAAUUACAACCAGGAACGAUUGCCGUGGAUUGCAGUGGAGUUGUACUCUGACCUGCGCAGACAAACAAUAGCAUCGGACAUCUAUGCAUUCGCCAUGUUGUGGUGGGAACUACUGUCCCACGGUCAGAGGCCUUUGGCGGACAUUAAACCCAAAAGUCCACAGAAGCUUCAGGAUUUGAUAUCUGCUGGCACACGGCCUUCUUGUCCCAAAGGGCUUCACUUCAAGAGUCGUGACUGCAGUGGAUGUCCGGCCAAGAAUGUGACACAGACUGAAGGAGCGGCACAGUCAGAGACCUGUCCAGUAAAUGGGGAUAAGAACCAGCCUAACGUGAACUCCAGUCAGAGGAAAUCACUGGACGAGCAGCACGACUCCAGUGGCAUAGGCAUGGGAGACAACUCUGAUGACAGUCUGGAAGCCAUUAAAACCCAGAUUUGGCAGUUCAUGCAGAAGUGCUGGACCACGAAUGUUACUGAUCGGCCAGACAUUCAGGAGAUUGCUCGCUUCGUCCUGUCAAUGUGCGAUGAGGUGCGACAGAUUGACGAGGAUGAGACAACUGACUGGGAUGCGGUGUUACGUCUGAAUGUUCAGCCCGAUGAUGCGAAUCCCUCACAGAGAGCCCAGUGCCCUAUCACUUAUGAGUUUAUUGACUUCAACAGACUGAGGCCUGUGGAAAAUGCCUUUCUUGGGAAGGGAUUUUAUGGAGAAGUUACCAAAUACAAGCUGUACGAAACCUCGCCUUCAGCAGCAUGUGGAGGGAAUUCUGCUGAUGUUACAGACGCCAGCUACAAGAUUGUUGCUGUGAAAAAGAUGCUCAAGAUGGACAAACAGACAAAAAUGGAAUUCUUGAAGGAAAUCACAGUGCUACAAAAAUUAGCACAUGAAAAUAUCGUCAAAUUGGAAGGAAUAUGUUUCAGACCUGAUACAUUGUUAGUGAUGGAGUUCGUGGAGUGUGGAUCACUGAAAGACUUUGUGAAAAGUCGCCAAUCCCUAGACAAUGAACAGAUUGGCCAUUUGUGCAGGGAUGUUGCAAAGGGAAUACAGUAUCUACAUUCCAAGGAGGUGGUACAUCGUGAUUUGGCUGCGAGAAAUAUUCUAAUAACAAAAGACAUGACGGCCAAAAUCACAGACUUCGGUCUCGCCGUGAUUCUCCGAGAGGGCAAGGACUACACCCGCGGAAAUAAUCAAAAUCUGCCUGUUCAUUUGUGUGCCCCAGAAGCCCUAUCGGUGUUAAAGUUCACAAAGAAGGGAGAUGUGUGGAGUUUUGGCGUGCUCAUGUGGGAAGCUUUCACGCGCGGUGACAAGCCCAUACUGGUCAAUGAGAAAAUGGAGAUCAUAAGGGAAAAAUUGUUUAGCGCCUUAACGAAUAACAGACGACUGCCGCAAAAAAACUUAAUCCCGACUGCAGCUUACAACAUCAUGAAAGUCUGCUGGACCCUUGACGCCAACAAUAGACCCGAUAUCAAUUCAGUACUGGACAAGAUUGAAGGCAUGUUGUCGGAAUGGAUUAAUGUAAAAACAAACGACUGAACAACACAAAAAACACAGAGUCAUAGAUUUUAAGAUAAUGCUUAUCUGUUAAAAAAAAUAUAUAAUAAAUCAAGUUAUAAUGGAUAAAAAGAAAACCCU